UGUCUUACAAGACUUACAUUAAGAUAUAUAUAUUUAAAGCCCGCUUUUAUUCACUGGAACAUAAUUUAUGUUUAAAGUUUAAAAAAAAAACAACAACAACAGCAUGUACUUCUAAUCGAGUCAUCGGAUUAUUCUUGGAUGAUUUGCAAGAAAUCCCUCAUAUAAACGAACAAAUUUCCAUAUAUUUCCCAGUCUGAAAGUUAAUCUGACAUAGUCGUCAAACAAAAGGGAAUCAAUAGACUAUUAAGAAUGCCACAUGGAUAAAAAUACAGUUUUAAAUCUAGAUCAGUCAGUAAACGUAGAUGUUAGCCAAUACCCGUAAUUUUGUUCGUGCUUUAUAUGUACUAAAAUAUAAAAAAAAAAAAAAAAUCGACGUAUAUAUAUAUGUACUCGUUCUGCUCUACAUGUGUCCUCUUACUAGCACAACCGUAAAAGGACCGUUUCGCGCGGACGAACAACAAAUAUAUUCUCGGCUUAGCCUCAGACAACUUAUUGUUCGUUUUUUUGCAGUUGUAAGAGCAAAACUAGGACGGCAUCUAUUACAUAAUUUUUCAAAUACAAAUGUAUAAAUUGACAACAUGGAAAUAACAACGGGUUAAGUGCUAUCAAGCUGUUCUUCUAUCGUACUGGAAGCCUGUUUAUUAUGGAUAUAUGUGACGUGAAGGUCAUGUUAAGUUAGUUCAGUGAUGGAACUAAUUGAAACUGGUUUUGGAUACAGUGAUAUAUGUUGGCUCGCUUGCGGUCUAAUAGCAGGUUGUACCGCACUUCUACCACCAGUGUACAUCAUCCUUCAUCUCGUGCGUUUAGUGUGGGAGUAUUACGUCACUUCCUGUCUUAACAUUGAAGGAUGUCAGGGUUUGAGCCUUCCGCCAGGCACAAUGGGGUACCCUUUCGUAGGAGAGUCCGUCGAAUUCCUUAGAAAGAGAUGUACUUUCUAUCAAGAGAAAGUGGAAAAGUACGGUUGCAUAUACAAAACCCACCUCCUUGGACGACCCACCAUUAGAGUUAUUGGAGCUGAGAACGUGAAAAAAAUUCUGAUGGGUGAAAACAGUCUGGUCACUAGUAACUGGCCAAAAAGUGCGCGGAUUCUGUUAGGAGCGGGAUCAGUAUCUCAGUCAGCUGGCAUCGUGCACAGAGUGCGCAGGAAACAUAUGCUACGUGCUUUCAGUUUGGAGACACUAAAUUCCAUGGUUCCUGUUGUACAAGAAGUCAUUUGCAAAAGUUUGAUGGACUGGCGUAACAGAAAGGAAGUUUAUACCUACCCAGAAUGCAAAUUGAUGGCGUUCACUGUAUCUGCAUGCGCGCUCAUCGGUUUGGACAUGACAUCAUCAAAGAAGUCUGGAAUGCACGAUACUUUCAUGGAUGUCUUGAAAAAUAUCAUGACGUUACCUUUCAACAUUCCAGGAUUUGGAUUCAGAAAAGGAAUGAGGGCCAAACGACAGCUACUAAAUACACUUCGUGAUCUACUUCCGGAGACAGAAAAACACCCAUACACAACAAUUUUGAAAGCAUAUUACGACUCUUGUCAAAAACUAGGAACAGAUUCAGAGGACGAAAUUUACGAGGGUGUACUCGAUUUGUUGUUUGCCGGUCACGAAACCGUAACAAGCGCAGUCACGAGCUGUGUCAUGUUCCUAGGCCAAAAUGAAAAUGUCCUGGAAAAAUUGCGGCGUGAGCUUGCAGAAUAUAAUCUGUUAGAAGGCAACAACCGCAGUGAUUUAAACUUUAAAGUGAUAAAUGACUUGAAAUAUUUGAAAAACGUCGUCAAAGAAGUUAUAAGACUGUGCCCGCCGGUUGGAGCCGGCUUCAGAAAAGCCCUGAAAUCUUUUGAACUUGGUGGAUACCUGAUUCCUAAAGAUUGGACAGUCAUGUUUAGUAUACGAGAAACACAACAACUCUCACCUGUGUUUGAGCAUUCAGAGAAGUUCGAUCCCGACCGCUGGGACAAAAUUUUAUCAACAAGGAACUCGAGCCCGGAGGGUUUCAACUACAUUCCGUUUGGAUUCGGAGCGCGGGGCUGUGUAGGAAAAAUGUAUGCCCAGCUUGUCAUUAAAAUAUUCGUUAUAGAACUCGUGCGCUCGUGUGACUGGUGUCUUAAGAACAAAAAUAUAGAAAUGACCUACAUACCCAUUCCAGUGGCACGUGAUCAUUUGCCUGUAAUUUUCUGUGCACGUGGCGAGUUCACUGCCAACAAGAGUUCCACUGACACACAGUGGAAAUUAGAAUGAGGGUUCCGGUGUUUACAUUCAUAGCAUACCUGAAUGCUGUAUAACUUCUGCAGCCUUUUUGUAUAACAUUCAACAGAAGCUUGUGUAAACGGUAUUCAUUAUAACUUGUAGCUACACGGAACAGUUCGCUACACCAGUUAAUUUAAACAUUUUAAUAAUAAUAAUAAUAAUGAUUGCAUGAAGUAAAUACACUGAGGGACAUUUCUAACCCGACACCUAUAUAAUGCCAUGUAGUUCGACUGUUUGUGAAUGGAUUUCGUUCAAAUUUUGAAUACAAAUGUGUGUAUAAAUAUUUUAACACAUUAGACUUACUUCCCAAUAAUUUAAUUCCAGUUGAUAAACAAAUAGGUAUAAAACUAACAAAUGAAAAAUAUCACUGUAAAAUCCGAAUUUACAAAAUGGCAUAACGCAAAAUUCUAACAAUGUGAAAAGUAACUGAGUCACAGAAUAGUUUGUACGUCCCAGUAAAAUACUUCGUGUGUCCUCCCAUGGCUCUCACAACAUGCACACGCCUCUGCUUCAUCGGCAGUACGUAGUUCCGGGUGACCCCUGUGCGCUGGAUCUUCUACCGAAGUGGAUACAAUACAUUUAUAUUAUAAUUUAUUGUGAAUAGAUCCAUUAUGUAAAUAUGUGAAUAGAUCCAUUAUGUAAAUAUUUUCAGUCAGAAUAUUGUUAUUUAAAAUUCGAUUUACUUACGUGGACUUGCAACAUGCCGCUCUUGGAAGUACAAUUUUAAUAGUUAAAUUAUGUUCCCUCUCUGGAAUAACUAAGUGACAAUAUAAAAUCAAUAUUUUUGCUUACCAACAUUUCCUCGUGCAAAUGUUGAAAUCGUGCACGUAUCUGGAUCGUCGCGGUUGAAAGAUUUUAUGACUUCUGUACAGCUAAUGUAGCCAAACAACUUUAUGUAUAGUUUCAAACUAAUACUAGUACAUUGAACCAUAUUCCAGAAAACAGAACUUAAAACUUGUCGGGCUGGGAAUGGCCGUAAGUAUGACAUAUUGUAUGCUUUAGUUGCAUUUUAUACACUAUGUUUAGUUUGGGAUACUGCCGACAUUGACAACGCUCGUAUAGAUCAGGGGGGUGGACGUAUUUUGCAUUUCGCUGCUUUUUAGGCGAGAAAAAUGCUGUUUGCAGUUCAAAAUGGCGUUAUUUGUUUACUUUUUGACCUAACAGAGGACACAUUUUGCAGUUGUAAGUGUGUUUAUUAUAUACAAACUUUCAAACGAUAACGCCCAGUCGGUGGCCAUAUAAUUUAUCUUCACUCGGCUUUUGGACUUACAUGUUUAUCGUUAUUUGUUAAAAAGUUAUAGAUGGUACAGUGCCAGUUUAUAGUGACGAAAAAAUCGUAGCCGUGCAUGAAAAUGUAAUUCCUGUACAAAACGAACUCUUUACGGGAUAUUUAUUGAUUUGUACAUAUAUAUAAAUUUAUACUCUAAUUUAAGAUUUUUAUCUGCUACUUCUAAAACCUUCCAUUGCAAAAAUAUAAAUAUAAAGUAUAAAGUUAUAUAUAUGCACAAAUCAAUAAUGUUCAAAUGUCCAAAACAUAUAAUCAUUUUUUUUUCAAAGUCAUCGUCCUCUAAUUUGAAUUGCUACCAAAUCUAUAGGUGACCGAUUUAUUUAUAAUAAAGUAUUUUUCGGCGACGCCGUCUAAAUUCGUUUUCGUUUUCCUAUGCCACGUGAUUUCAGUUUGCCAGUCAAACUACUUGAUAACGCAUUAUAGAUAAUUUAUCAAAACGGAAGAUUUAUGCAACACUCUGCCUGAUUGGAAGAGAGUGUCAAUUUCUUUCACUCUGUUGACUGUGCUACGCUGAGUGAAAUGUAGACAAAGCGUUUAUCCUAAACGACGCUGCUCACAGUUUUAAAGCCAACUUUGGCUCAGUAUAUUUAGCAAGAAUAUUGAUAUAUCUCAAAAUAAUAAGUAA